UCAGGCCUCGGGUAUUGGGGUAUGCCUGGCAAAACAAAGUGCAAAGAUCAAAGAUUGUCAGGGAAUCCUAAGACGUGUUAACUACUCAUGUUGUCCACGAUACGAAUUCAGUCGUUCGUCGACCGCCGUACGGAGUACGUCACGCUGUGAUCGGGUUGUCCCUCGUGUCCUUUUCUCGUCCCUCGUUCUUUUAUAUGCAUACACACACACACACACACACACACACACACACACACACACACACGCGCGUACAGGCAGUUUAAUACACGUCACCAAUACACAGUCACAUCAUUCUUGACCCUUGGAUCGCGUACAGUGAUAAUUUCCUCUCCUAUUCGCGGUGGGAAAAUCAACUGUUUAGUCGACGGGAAUCGUCGAACUCGAUAAGAGGAAGAGACACGAAAAACGGGUCAGGAUAAUCUCGGUGCAAUUAUAGAAGGGAAAUGGAAGGCUUCUGGAUCGCCGGCGCGAUCCACGCGAUCAAGGCGCUUUCGUAUGUGUACGACCUGCUGACGUUCCCAGUCUACCUCAUACUGCAACGGCCCUGGGAGAAACGGAAGGCCUCGAGGAGGAUCAAGGCGCGUUGCGUCGCGAAGGAUGAGAACACGAUCACCUUCCGGAGCAUUGACCCUCCUGGGCCGAUGCACGUCACCAUCGAGCGUGAGAAGGUCGACACGCUCGAGAAAAUGUUGUCAUGGGUCGCCAAGUUGCACAGCGAGAAGAGGUGCCUCGGCACCAGACAGAUACUCGCGGAGGAAGACGAAGUGCAGCCUAAUGGUAGAAUAUUUAAAAAGUAUAAAAUGGGCGACUACAAAUGGAAGACUUAUACGGAGGUGGACAGGCUCACCAAUUCUUUCAGUCGUGGAAUAAGGGAGUUGGGACUUAUAGCUAGAAAAAACAUAGUAAUCUUCGCGGAGACCAGAGCGGAGUGGAUGAUUGCAGCUUAUGGAUGCUUCAAGCAGAACUUAACCGUCGUCACGAUCUACGCGACUUUAGGCGACGAUGCAAUAGCUCAUGGUAUCAACGAGACGGAAGUGGACACCGUCAUCACCAGUCACGAUUUGCUGCCGAAGUUCAAACGGCUUCUCGAAAAAGUACCUGUAAUCAAGACUAUAAUUUACAUGGAGGAUCAACUGAAAUCCACCGAUACCGCUGGUUACAAAGAUGGUGUCAGGCUUAUUCCGUUUUCCGAUGUAAUUAAAAAGGGUAACAAUUCAACUGCACCGAUGUCACCGCCCCAGUCAAAUGAUACCGCGAUCAUAAUGUAUACGUCUGGUUCCACUGGAGUGCCAAAAGGUGUACUUUUAUCCCAUGGGAACAUCAUCUCCACCUUGAAGGCAUACUGCGACGCUGUGGAAAUUAAGCCAGAUGAUGUAUUUUUGGGAUUUUUACCGUUGGCUCACGUUUUCGAACUCCUUGCUGAGAGUGUAUGUCUUCUAACCGGUGUACCCAUUGGCUACAGUUCACCACUAACCAUGAUUGAUUCGAGUAGCAAGAUACAAAGGGGAUCCAAGGGUGAUGCUUCGGUUCUUCACCCGACCUGCCUAUCCGCAGUGCCACUGAUUCUUGACCGUAUUUCCAAAGGCAUAAACGAGAAAGUUAAGAAAUCUGGUGCGUUCAGACAAGCGAUCUUCAACUUUGCGUACGAGUACAAACUGAAAUGGGUGAAACGUGGUUACGAUACACCGUUGUUUGACAAAUAUAUCUUUGGAGCGGCACGGCAAGUUCUUGGUGGACGAGUCAGGCUUAUACUCUGCGGAGGUGCACCUUUGUCCCCUGAUACACAUACCCAGGUCAAAAAUUGCCUUUGCGUUACUGUGACCCAGGGAUACGGUCUCACGGAAACAACCUCGUGUGCUACUGUUAUGGAUGUGCAUGAUAGAAGUACAGGAAGAGUUGGAGCACCAACUACGGUUUGUGACAUUCGUUUGGAAAAUUGGGAAGAGGCUGGUUACAGGGUUACAGACACCCCUCAUCCUAGAGGGGAAAUCCUAAUUGGGGGAGCAAAUGUCUCUGCCGGUUACUAUAAAUUGCUGGACAAAACGCAAGAUGACUUUUUCCAGGAAGAUGGGCGGCAAUGGUUUAGAACAGGCGACAUCGGAGAGUUUCAUACCGAUGGUUGCAUAAAAAUUAUUGACCGAAAGAAGGAUUUGGUAAAAUUGCAACUUGGUGAAUAUGUAUCAUUGGGCAAAGUUGAGGCAGAAUUGAAAACGUGUCCCGUCGUGGAAAAUAUUUGUAUCUACGGAGAUGCUCACAAGACGUAUACCGUGGCGUUAGUGGUGCCUAAUCCUUAUUAUCUCGAGGAGAUUGCCACCAGUCUGGGUAUGACUGGAAAAUCUAUAGAAGAAUUGUGCAAUAGUUCAGAGAUUGAGAAAGCGGUAUUACAGGAACUGAUCGAACAAGCUAACAAAUGCAAGCUCCAAAGAUUCGAGAUGCCUGGCGCGGUGAAACUGUGCACAGAGCAAUGGUCGCCGGAUAUGGGAUUGGUUACAGCCGCGUUUAAGCUGAAAAGGAAAGCGGUACAAGACCGUUAUCAGCACGAAAUCAAUAGAAUGUACGCUUCGUGAUGUCGCACCAAGUCCUGCAAGAAAUGUAACGGAUGAAGCGACUCGAAAUGUUCAAAUUUUCCUCAUCCAACAAAACGAUGCCUCGUCCACCUUUACGCAUAAGUUUGUGAGCGGAAGUUGCGAGCCGAACUCGGAACGAACUUCAAACUUUGAAAAAAUUGUGCAUUUUAGGAAAUUGCGCAAUGUGCAUGUUGUCAAUUUUCUUUUCGCGAUUAAUAUGGUGGGAAAAGGUGUCGAGCAUUGACACCGUUAAACUCUACUCGAUAUUAGAAUUAAAAAUAUAUUUUCGAGGGUUAUCUUUGUUAAUGAAUUUGAUAUUUCGUUCGAGAUGGCAAGGAUUCGACCAUCAGCCAAUGAAAUCCCAUAAUUAUCUGGGUAUAGUAAGGUUAGGAUUGACGAGGAACGUACAAAGGGCAUCUUGUAACAUAAAUUGUCGCGAUAUACGACGCGAGGUGUGAGCGAGACACAGUUUGAAACUGUACCAGACAACCAUUCCUCGUUUAUAGAGGAAGUCAGCUAUUUCUUCCUUGGAAAAUUUCUAUGUCCGUCUAUACAAUGUACUCAUUCCUUGCAGUAAUUCCUCCUGAUCUAACUUUGUCGCAAAUGGACCGUAAGUUGGUUUUGCAGUCGCGAUAAUUUCGUAAGUUCACAACUCGUAUGGUGUACUUACCUCAAGUAUUAUUCGAGAUAGUCGAGUUCCAUUUUCGCAAAGAACGAAAGUCGAGCACGGCUCUUUAAGGAGGGUUAGUUGCUCUAUUCUAUGUUAAGCUAUAUAUGUAUAUACAGAAAAUCGAUCGACGAGUCAGGUUUUACUUUUAAUUAUCGUAAACGGCGCAUGUCGUUAUAUAUUUACUCGAAUACGUUCAGCUAUGUCUUCAUGAAAAAAAAAAAUGUAAUUCUUCUUUUUAUUUUAGAUAAU